AAAAUGUGCUCGCUUGAUAACAUUCAAAACGUUAGAGACACUGAUUUAAAAGGAUCUCGAGUGUUGGUUAGAGUUGAUUUUAACGUUCCGCUUAAAGACGGAGUGGUUGAUGACAACACUAGAAUCGUUGAGUCACUUUCAACAAUCAAUUUGAUUUCCGAAAAACAAGCAAAGAAAGUAAUUUUGAUGUCUCACUGUGGACGACCCGAUGGAGUUAGAAACCUCAAAUAUUCUUUGAAGCCGGUUGCAAUAGAAUUAGAGAAACUGAUGAACCGUGAAGUCAUUUUCUUGAAUGACUGUGUUGGCAAGGACGUUGAAGAAGCCUGUGAAAAAGCUCCUGAAGGAUCAAUAAUAUUACUUGAAAACUUACGUUUCCACCCCGAAGAAGAAGGAAAGAUAGUAACAGAGGAAAAGAGAAAGAUUGCUUGUGAGCCUGAAGCCGUGGCCGAAUUCCGCAGAAAACUUUCACGAUUAGGUGAUGUUUAUUGCAACGACGCUUUUGGAACUGCCCAUAGAGCUCAUUCUUCCGUUGUAGGGGUCGAUGUACCGAUCAAAUGCGUCGGCUUAUUGAUGGAAAAGGAAAUAUCAUUUUUCAACAAAGCAUUGAACUCACCAGAGCGACCAUUCUUGGCUAUUCUCGGUGGAGCCAAAAUCAGAGAUAAGAUUGCUCUGAUUGAAAACCUUCUUGACAAAGUUGAUUGCAUGAUUAUCGGUGGAGGUAUGGCAUAUACAUUCCUCAAAGUAUUAUACAACAUGCCCAUUGGAAACUCUUUGUGGGACGAGGAAGGAAGCAAAAUUAUACACAAGAUUAUGGAUAAAGCAAAGGAAAAGAAUGUCCAGAUAUUACUUCCAAAAGAUUUUGUUAUCAGCAGCAAGUACGGUGAAGACGGUAUUAUAGAAUCUGCGACUUUUGAAACUGGUAUCAAAGACGGAUUUGAAGGUUUAGACUGCGGUCCCAAAUCACGAGAAGAUGCAGCUAAAUUGAUAAAGAGCGCAAAAACUAUUAUAUGGAACGGCCCACAAGGAGUUUCAGAAAUGGCUAGUUUCGCUGCUGGAUCACUUGCGUUCGUCGACGCCGUUGCCGAAGCAACUGCAAAUGGUGCUCUCAGCAUAGUCGGUGGUGGAGACACAGCCGCUCUCGUCAGAAGAGCAGGAGCAGUUGAAAAAAUGAGCCAUAUCUCAACUGGUGGUGGGGCAUCUCUCGAACUCCUUGAAGGUAAAGUUUUGCCAGCUAUCAGAUAUUUACAAAAACCUAAAACACAAGCUUAA